AGAACUCACCCGAGCAACGACGUCGGCAUCGACGACCAGAAUACCAUGGGACUUAAAAAGAUUGGAGACGGUGCUCUCCUCGGACGAGAUUCCUCCCGUCAAUCCUACUAUUCUCAUUAGGGCUGUCGCGAGAUUCUUCUUCUUCACGAGAUUCUGCCUCGCUCGUCCCCUGCAUCCCACCAGAUUCGUCGCCUCCCAUCGCUAGAACUGUUGCUCAUCGCCGGCCGCUACCUUCGCCAUCUUCAUUCGCAAAAAUCUGUAUUUGUUCACAUUGGGGAUGGGCUGACGGAGACAACAACAACAUCAGUGUUGAGGAUGGUUAGCUGCAUUCUUCUACUCAUGAGCAUUAUUUGUGUGGCUAGCUCCCAAGUCAGCAUGGCUUCAGGGCAUGACUCUCCAAAUAUGAAAUAUCCCACCAGAUUCGUCAACCCCUACCCCUGCUGCAUUUCGCUAGAAUCCAUUGCCCCCUGAAUUGCGCAAUUGAAAAUUGAAGAAUUUGUUGCCCUGAAUUGUUCACAUUGGGGAUCGAGACCCUGUUGAAUCCUCAACCUGAUGCUCCAAUCAAUCGAAACCCACCGGGCCAAAAACAGCCCCGCGGUGCCUCCGGUGAUUCUCUCGAUGGUGAAGUUCGCGACCGCGUUGGGGCACGAUUUGAGCUCGUUACGGCGGGUGGGUACGGGGGCCGCACAGGGAAUUGGGGGAGGAGUUCCGGCGGAGGUUCCCUUGGGUGGAACUGCGGCCGGGGUAUGGGCUGACGGAGAGCUGCGGAGCCACGACGAUGUUUGCAAGCGACCACGACGCCAAGCGGCGGCCGGAGGGUUGUUGGGGGCUUUUGCCAAGCUUUAGUGCGAAAAUCGUGGUGAGGUUGCGAAAACUUGCGGCCAUGGGAGAGGAGGAUCGCUAGCUGCGGGCAAACGGAAGGAAUGCUCCCGCCGGGUCGGAGGUUGUGUUUUGGUGGUGGUGAGGUUGGGUCGGGUAGGGUAUUGGGGUGUGUAGAAAAUAAAUUAGGUUUUUUAUUUUAUUUUUUAAUGAAUGUAAUAAUGAGGUGGAAAAAUAUAAAAGAUUAUUUUUUUAUUUUUAAUAAAUUUUUAAUUGCCAC